UGUAGAAUGGGAGCCUCCAUCUGUUAAUAAUUUGGUGCCAUUAAUGAUCAUGAAAUGGUAAAAGAAUAAUAAGAUCUUUAACCUUAAAAUUUUGAUUAUAAAAGUAAUAUCUCUAAAAUCUAGCUUUAGCAAAUUAGAUCCAAAUCAAGAUUUAAAAAGCUGCUAAAAUUUGCCUUAUUUUACCAGAUGAUCCUGCAAGUAAUAUAUUUAAUUUACAUAGGUUUAAGUAAAGAUUUAUCAAGUAAUGAAGAUAGACCAGAAGCUUAAACUCCUUAUUUACCUUAUAGGUAAAAUUAUUAUUUAAUCGAAAGUGAUCAAUAUAAUUCCAAAGGAGAAUUAUAAUAUAUUUAGUUGCUUGGAAAAGAUUUUACAGAAUCUGUUAAAAUUUAAUCAUAAUUAGUGAGCUCCCAAAAUGAGGAUAUAUUACAAUGUAAAUUUAGUAGAAUUAACAUUUAGUUAGAAUUUUAGUAAAAAUAGUCAAAAUAAUCUGAUCCUAGAUUUUGUAAUGGAGAAAAUAGACAUUAAAUAUUAAAUUUAUAAAUUGUUGAAGAUAAUGUACACUAUCAUUUUGUAUUUAGCUUGAUGACUAUAUAAAUUACGAUUGGAAAAAAUCAAAAUUUUAAUUGAUUAGUAUUAAUGAUCAAAAUUUAUUUAAGAAAACAAAUAUAACAAAACCUACAAAAAAAUAAAUAAGGAAGUAACUAUGA